GUCUCUUUCGUACUCGCCAAUACAUCCAGUGAGGUGUAGCUCACCCCGUAGCCUACCGCCACCCCGUUUUUCCAGCUUUAUUGCUAUCUAGGAGCUGCCUAGUUCCACAGCAGUCAACCCCUGUCACAGACAGCAGGGCGGAGAGACGAGGUGGUGGAGCGAGACGGAACAAGCCUUGGCGAGCUGGCGGCUGGACACAGCCUCAGAGCAGACUGCCAGUGGUAGACCAAGAUGCAACUCUUCCGUUACGCUCUGGCGUUGGUUGGACUAUCCAUUGCCUACGGGAUAGAGCCCACUCCUAUCCUGAUUGACGUAUUACCGGGAGAGACAAGAUGCGUGGGGGACAGCGUGCGAGUCGGCGAGGACACCACGUUCACUUUCAGGGCGGCGCCAGUAGACGGCCCUUUCGUAGACAAGGUCAAGGUGAUCUUGGAGCACCCCAACGGAGAAGAGCCGUUCAUCGCGGAGUUGACGGAGAAGGAGCAGUUCCAUCGUGUGGAUAAGGGGGAAGGGGGGGGCACCUACAGGGUUUGUUUCCACAACUUGAAAACCAAGGGGAGAAGUACGAGGGUGGAGCUGGUGGAGACGACGUUGGCGGUGACGAAAGGUGCUUCUCAGGUCGCCAAGCACCUGCAGCCAGCGGACGAGCUCCUUAAGCAUGCCAAGGACCUGGCAAAAAGCCUGAGCGAGCAGCUGCGGGAGAGCGCGUCGAGCGAGAGAGAAGGCAUCGAUUCGGACAAGGUGCUCCGUUCUCGAAUCAACUUCGUGGCCCUCUUCACCGUCGUGGUGCUCCUUUCGGUCAGCGGCUGGCAGCUGUCCCUGCUCAACAAAUUCUUUCGAUCGAAAAAGCUCAUCUGACGGGGUGUUCGAAUCGUGUACCCUAAGCGGGGGCUCGGCGCUGGGUCGAGACCUACUUGGAGCUGUCACGUGGUGCUCCUCUGGGACCGGUGGUUUAAUUAACACGUGGCGCUGUCUCGUUGUCAUUCGGACAGGGGCUGACGCAUUCGUCUGUCACUCAAACCGUUCUCUGGAGCGUCUUUGCUUCGAAGUUUGCCUGCACGUUUGAGUGCGGGGGCUGCGGGAGGCUUUGAGCAAGAGUAAGAUUCCUUUAGCACAACUCAAGCACGAGACGUUGUUGGGAAAAGUGGCGCUGUUCUUUCCCACGUCGUCGAGAGAGCAUGAAACGGUUGCCUGGAGUAAAGCCUUGCAGGUGCCACACCCACUGUUUUGUUUUGUUUUUCGCUUUUCUUGAAUUCGCGCCCUGUGUGCUUGUUGUUGCACGGUAUCAUGCUCUCAAACGCAUGCUGCAACCGCUCGCUGACGGCUCUCGGCCAUUCCCUGGCCGCCACAAACAUCCGGUGUCUUGACGCUAAGCCCUUGACCUUGUGGUGCCCUCUCUUGGCGCAGCAGCGGUCCCGAUUUAAAAGCGCAAAACCGCCCCAGAGACAAAAGUAGCCCUUUCUUCUCUCGCUUGGGGUAAGUCCGUCUUCCUUGGAUUGGUUGAUGCCUGUUGGUUUUGUAUCGUUUUGUCGUGCAGUGUAUCGAGUU